AUGAGACGCCCUAUCCGCCUCGCCGUCCUCGAGUGCGACCACCCCCUGCCGCAGACCGCAGCAAAGUACGGCGGGCGCUUUGGAGGGGUCUUCAAGGCGCUGCUGGGACAGUCGGCAAAGACGCUGAACAGGCCUGACAUCGUCGAUCCAGAGGCCGGGCUGGACAUCUCAGAGUACGAUAUCGUGGGGGGCGAUGAAUUCCCGGCUCUCGAGGACAUCGACGCCGUCCUCAUCUCCGGAUCAAAGUUCGAUUCCUUUGAUACGACGACGCCCUGGAUAAACAGGCUGGUCGAGUUUACCAAGCAGGUGCUGGCCCAGGACCGCGUCAGGCUGAUUGGAGUCUGCUUCGGCCAUCAGAUCAUCGGGCGAGCGCUGGGAGCGAGAGUCGGCCGUAGCGCCAACGGCUGGGAGGCCUCGGUGCACGAACUGACCUUGACGGACCAGGGCAGAGAGGUCUUUGGCGUUGAGAAGCUGAACAUCAUGGAGAUGCACCGUGAUGUCGUGUAUGAGCUUCCAGCCAACACCGUCGCGCUCGGCCAUACGCCCAAGUGCUCCAUCCAAGGAAUGUACAAUCCCCGCAGAUUCAUCUCCGUCCAAGGCCAUCCCGAGUUUAACAGGGACAUUGUCAUGGAGAUCAUGCAAACCAGAAAGGCCAAUUAUCCUCCAGAUGUCUUUGACGAAGCUAUGAAGGUCAUCGACAACAAGCAGGAUGGCGUCGUCAUCGGCGAGGCCUUCCUGAAGUUCUUGGCGGAGGAGUGA